AUGGGCUCAGCAAGCUUCGUGACUGCGCCGGUGGUACUGCUGCUAUCAGCUUUCCUUUACUACCGCUCGCCGUUGUUGUAUACGUUCUACUACAACGCCCCCGACAGACUUGAAAAGGUCAGCGAGCUGGGCAAGUGGGAGAUUCGCUUCCAAGAUCUGGUCAGAAACUGCGAGGACAUCUACCUGAAUGACCAGGCUGGAUGGGCUCUGCUGAGCUGUGACCCGGGACGAGAUGAAUGGAACACAGUGAUGGGCACUUUCGUGAACCACGUUCCCCCGCCAUCGACUGGUCUCUACUUGUACAAGUAUGCUGAGGAACCACAAACACCACCACAGAAGCUAGCCUUGCAGCGGUCUGAGGCCGACCAGCCUGAUGACUUCCAUCCAUUGGGUAUCGAGUACCAUGCGGAAAGUUCGACUCUCUUCGUCGCAAACCACGCACACUCCGGCUCCAAGGUCGAGCUGUACAAGCUAGACGUUGACGAGGGCACCGCUGUACUGACCGACACACUCGAAGACGCCAAACUGGCAACACCCAACUCCAUCGCAGCCAUCAGUAGCGAUGAAUUCUUCGUCACCAAUGACCACUACUUCAAGGUCAGGGACAAUCUCCCAUUAGCAAAGUUCGAAACAUACGCCGGGCUUCCUUUUGGCAGUGUAGCACACGUCAAGCUUAUAGACGAAGAGGCUCCUCAAAUCACGACUCUGGCCAGGCUCCCUUUCGCGAAUGGUAUAACAUUCCUCAACGACAGCUCCGUAGCUGUUGCGAGCUCUACCACUGCAUCGAUCUGGAUAUACUCAUUCAUUGAAGCUCGCUUCCUGGGCGGCACGGUUCCAUCCUUGAUGCUGUCCAAGAAGAUUCCCUUGUCAUUCGUUCCGGACAACAUCAGUACGGACAGCAAUGGCAAGUUGUUGAUCGCUGGCCACCCUCAUGCGCCGAGCUUGGAGAAAAUUGCCAAGAACAACAGAUUCUGUCAUACAGCAGCAGUCGACGCUGAAAAGUGUCAGCUAAACCGCUUGAGCUGGGUCGCUGAGUGGUCAGAGGAGACUGGAGUCAAGAAUCUGUAUGUCGGAGACGAAUAUGGACCUUCUUCGACUGCUACGAGGGAUGUCUCGAAGAAGAUUGGCUUUGUGACGGGGCUUUAUGAGCGUGGAGUGCUGGUCUGGAAUGAGUAG